ACUUAUUUGGAAUGCAAUUAUAUAUAGCAUAAUAGCAAUACCAAUGCCAACACCAAUCUCUCGGAGUAGCCCCAUCCACCACUUACGAGCCUAAGUCUAAAUUCCUCUUCAAAAUCUCUCUCAAGAUGCUAGCUAAGCCUUGCCACAUAAUUACUCCGACUAUCUUUCGGACACCAGAAAACUUUGUACCCCGUGCAAUACAAUUCCGUCAUAAAGCCACCACUACCCAACCUACACCCAUUGUCGUACCUGAUAGACGAGUUUCAACCCAAGAAAUUAUCGACGAGAAGAUCGUGGCAUUUUGGGACUACCAAUUUUUGUUCAUGUCACAAAGGUUGGAAGUACCAAAUCCUAUUAAACUUAAACUCAUUGAAGGUGCAUUACCAAAAGACUUCCCAUUAGGUACAUACUAUCUUACUGGGCCGGGCCUCUUCAUUGAUGAUUAUGGAUCAAAUAUCCACCCGCUCGAUGGUCACGGGUAUUUAAGGGCCUUUGAAAUUAAUGGGCCGAAGGGAGAAGUGAGAUUCUCAGCUAAGUAUGUUAAAACUAAGGCCCAAAUGGAAGAAUGUGACCCAAUAAGUGGGUCUUGGAGGUUUACUCAUAGAGGCCCAUUUUCUGUGUUGAAAGGUAGUAAGAUGAUUGCAAAUACUAAGGUGAUGAAAAAUGUGGCAAAUACUAGCAUCUUAAAAUGGGGUGGACGUUUGUUUUGUUUGUGGGAAGGUGGGACUCCAUAUGAAAUUGAACCCCAAACUUUGGAUACAAUUGGAAGUUUCAAUUUUUUCAAUGAUGAUAAUAAUAUCAUUGAAGGUAGUGUCGAUCGACCUCAUGCUUGGGAUGUUGUUGCCCGUAUACUGAAGCCUAUACUCCAUGGAAUUUUCAAGAUGCCAUCAAAAAGAUUAUUAUCACACUACAAGGUUGACGCUCAAAGAAAACGACUUAUCGUUAUGGCAUGUAACGCAGAGGAUAUGGUACUUCCUAGAAGUCACUACACUUUCUAUGAAUUCGAUCCAAACUUCAAAUUAUUGCAAAAGAGAGAAUUCAACAUUUCCGGUCAUUCAAUGAUUCAUGAUUGGGCUUUUACCGAUACACAUUACAUAUUGUUCACUAAUCACGUGAAGUUGGACGUAUUAGGAACAAUGGCAGCUAUAUCUGGAAAAGCACCUAUGAUAUCAGCUCUUUCAGUGAACCAUAAAAAGCCAACAUCUUCCAUUUACAUCCUUCCUAGAUUUUCAAGCAAUACAACCAACUGUAAUUCUGAUGAAUACUGGAGAAAACCUAUAGAAGCUCCACAACUGUGGCUGUUACAUGUUGCUAAUGCAUUCGAGAACGUCGAUGAUGAUGGAAACCUUAGGAUUCAAAUCCAUGCUACUGCUUGUGCUUAUAAGUGGUUCAACUUUCAAAAGAUGUUUGGAUACAAUUGGCAAAAUGAUAAAUUAGACCCUUCAAUGAUGAACUGUAAAGAAGGGAAGGAGCAACGUUUGCCUCAACUCAUUGAGGUGACAAUCAAAUUAGAUAAGAACAGAAAACAUCGAGAAUGUUCAAUAACACGUUUAAACAAUCGCGCAAAAUCUUCAGAUUUUCCAAUGAUUAAUCCGGAAUAUUGUGGUUACAAACAUAGAUUUGUGUAUACAGCAGCUUCUUGUGGUUCACAUCAAACAUUAUCACAUUUUCCCUUUGAAACAAUACUCAAACUUGAUAAGUUAACUAAAAAAGUAUGUACAUGGGCUCCUGGUAUUCGUCGAUUUGUUGGGGAGCCAAUGUUUGUCAACAAAGGAUCGUUUGGUGAUGAAGACAAUGGAUAUCUUCUGGUAGUAGAGUAUGUGGUCUCGCGGCGAAUGUGUAAUUUAGUGAUCUUGGAUUCAAAACGGAUUGGUGAGGCAAGAGCCGUUAUUGCAAAAUUUGAAGUUCCAAAAUCGUUGACUUUUCCUUUAGGCUUUCAUGGUGCUUGGACUCUUAAACAAUGAUGUAGGUUGGAAUCAAGAUACGGGGGAUAAGAUUUUGAACAACAACCUUAUUUUUGUGUUUCAAUUUUUUUGGUAGGUUUGUAUGGGAUUUGGGUGUGAUUUGCCUAUUUUAUGUAUACUAGCAUAGUGCCCGUGCGAUGCACGGAUUAUAAAUCAAAUUAUUAAACCCGUAGAAAAAAUAAAAACAAAGGUAAUUCAUUUACUAUUAAAGGACUUGUACUAAUGG